AGUAAUUCGUAUUUGAAUUCGUAUUUUGUAUGUGCUAGAAAUUUUGCCAAAUUGGAAUGUAUUUUAUUAACAAUUAUUUAUUGUAUAUUAUUAAAAAUUCUUAUUUCAAAAUUUUCUUUUAAUUGUUAUGAUUUUUAUAUUCAUAUUAAUUAUUUAAUUGAUUUAAUAUUUUACUAAAAUAUUUGGAAAUAAUUUCUUAAUGAUUAAGACCAUUAAUUGGUUAUUACUUUGGAAAUUAGUAAAGAAAAAACAAAAAUAAGCAUAAUAAAAAUAUAAUAAAUUUAUAAAUUAUUUUAUAAAAAAUAAGAAAAAAAAUUCAAUAUGACAAAUUGUGUGAGUGCUUCCAGUGAUGGUAUUGGAUCUGGAGAUACAGUAUUAGAUUGGACAAAAGAAAGAGUUUUAGAAUGGGCAAACGAACAAAAAUUAGAUUGGAGUGUAAUCGAUUGUAUACAACAUGAGGAAAUUGAUGGAAGAACUUUAAUAUCAAUGACUGAAUAUGAUAUAAAAGAUUUACGUUAUAAAUUAAAUUAUUUUUUAAAAUUUGGUGAUAUUAAAAAAUUUGCGUUAGCUUUAAGACAUUUACAAAAAGAGAAUGUUACAUGUUUAACAUCAUUGGGUAUAUUAGAUGGUGGUGCUGGUGUAACAACAUCAGGAACAGCAACUAAUACUAUAUGUCAUCCGCAAUUUUAUUCAAGUGGUGGAGGUAAUCAAUAUAUACCAACAACAACAUCAGCAACAACAGCAGCUGUAUUAGCUAGUUAUCCAAUUGGUACUAUAGUAACUGGUACAGAUUUAUUACAUGAACAUGAUCGUGUUACGCCACCAUUAUCGGUUGAUGGUAGAGCAACAAACAUUCCACCAGAAUUUUUUAAGACUUUUGUAAGUGUAGGCUACUCAUUUUUAGUAACAUGGAUUACGGCAUUUGUUAUGGUUGUUGUACAUGAAAGAGUUCCUGAUAUGAAACGAUAUCCACCAUUACCAGAUAUAUUUUUGGAUAAUGUACCUCAUAUACCAUGGGCAUUUCAUAUGUGCGAAAUUACUGGUACCAUAUUAUUUUCAAUAUGGACAAUAGUUUGUAUAUUUCAUAAACAUCGAAUGGUAUUAUUAAGAAGAUUUUUUGGUAUUGCUGGUACAGUUUUUUUAUUAAGAUGUGUUACAAUGUUAAUAACAAGUUUAUCAGUGCCAGGAACUCAUUUACAAUGUGAUAGAAAUGAUUAUAAAGUUGAUGACACAAAUUUAACAUUAACUGAAGCAUUUUUGUCUAGAGUAGCACGUGCCUAUACCAUAUGGAGUGGUUUAGGUAUGUCAAUACAAGGUGUUCGAACUUGUGGUGAUUAUAUGUUUAGUGGACAUACUGUAGCUUUAACAUUAUUAAAUUUCUUUAUAACAGAAUAUACACCAAGAAAUGUAUACUUUUUACAUACCAUGACAUGGUUGCUCAAUAUGUUUGGUAUAUUUUUUAUAUUAGCUGCCCAUGAACAUUACUCAAUAGAUGUUUUUGUUGCAUUUUACAUAACUUCACGAUUAUUUUUAUAUUAUCAUACGUUAGCAAAUAAUCAAGCGUUAAUGUCACAUGAUUCAAAUCGUACAAGGAUAUGGUUUCCAAUGUUUUCAUAUUUUGAAAAUUCAAUUGAUGGAAUUGUACCAAAUGAAUAUGAUGAUAUAAGCACAAUAUUAUCAAAAUUAUUUUGUUUAAUAGUAUGCAUAAAAGAUUCAUUUAUGUUAACAGCAAGAAGAAUAUGGGUUCCAACAAAUGAAUUAACACCAUUAACAAAUAAUUUAUUAAAUAAAUUUCGAAGAGAUAUGUUAUUAGAUUUUAUAAAUACAAAAAAAGCAAAUCAAGAACAAGAAAAUAAUAUUAAAUGUCCAUGUGCUACACCAUUACCUGCUACAUCAACAUCUUCCACAUCUACUGCACUAAUUACAGAUGAAGCCAAAGACCAAUUAAAUAUGAAAAUAGAACAAAAAUGUGACUAUGAUUAUCCAAAAGAAGAAAUAAUUACUUCCAAUAAACAAGAACAAAAUUCUUCCGAUAUAUUAAAAAAGCAAAUAUCUUCUAGUAUUCCAUUAAUUACAUCAACGACUGAUCAUCAUGAUAAUAAUCAUCCAAGGCAUCGAUCUGCCCAUCAUCAUCAUCAUCAUCAUCAUGAAUAUUCUCAAAUUUGUAGUAAUGGCGAUGAUUCAGAUUUAAUAAAAAUAUCAAAAGAUAUUGAUGAAAGUAUAAAAUCUAAAAUAAAUUUAAUAAAUAAGGAUAAAAGUAGUACUGAUUCACAACCAAAUUUAAUUAAAGUAAUAGAUAGAUUAGAAAAUGACAAGACUUUAAAGAAACAUAAUUAGUUUUAAAAGCAAAAAAAAAAAAACAAAAAACACACACACACAAAAAAUAAAGAGAAAUAUUUUUAGAAUAUUAAAUUAGCAACAAUACAAAUUUUUUUUUGUUUUUUAUAAAAAAAAAAAUCUUUAAAAAUAAAAUUAUUGAAAUUAUUGUUUUUUUUCGUUUCAUUACACUAUUAUAAAAGAAAAUUUUAUCCAUU